UUGUUUAAUAUUAAAUGUAAAUUGACGAAAAGUAACUUCUAUAUAAUUCAAGUCAAAAGAUAUCAAUAAGUUGUUCAAUAACUGACAGACAGCACUUCAAGAGAAUGUACGACUCGAUGUCCAGAAUUAUGUGGACAAUUUUACUUUUAGGUUAUACAUACGUGGAUGCCGCAUCUUUACGCUGUUACAAUGGAUCUUUGGAUAACCCUUUGAUAGUUCCACUGGAUUUCCCGCGACCACUAAUUGACAAGUCUUGUAUUAAUACAAGUAGAGUUACCAAAUUUUUUAUAUCUGGUUUCAACCGGAACGUUACCGGGGAAGAAUCUGUUGCUGUACUAUCCGCGUACAUUAAAAGAGGCGAUGUAAAUGUUUUAUACCUAGAUUGGGCUGAAGAAGCGAAAAUAGGAGGUCUAGGAACUAUUUUGGGUUACAUAAAAGCGGCAUCGAAUACACAAGAAGUUGGAUUUAGAUUUGCAGCAGCUCUAUUGAAUUUACGCGACGGAGGCUUGGAGUUCACCAAGGUGCAUCUCGUUGGUCAUUCCCUAGGUGCUCAGAUAGCUGGUAUCACUGGCAACACGCUACGGGACCAGGGAUAUAUCUUACAACGAGCAACAUGUUUGGAUCCAGCCAGACCUUUGUACUCAGGAUUAAUAAGUUUCAAAAAUGGCGUGGGUCCCGAGUGUGCUAAGCAAGUAGACGUCGUGCACACGGACCCUGGAGGCUAUGGGCUUGCUGAGCGCGUGGGAACCGCUGAUUUUUGGCCCAACUAUGAAGGCGGGAAAACUGUCCAACCCGGCUGUUCCACGGGAGAGUUUGCUUUGCUAAGUCAAGAUGGUUUAUGUAGCCAUAUAUUAGCGUGGAAGUUCUUCGUGGAGACAAUAAACGAAUGUAACUGUUUCCCUGCGGCCAGCUCUCCGGACUACGCCACCUGGACGAAAACCAAUGGCACUACCAAUUCUACUAUUUAUAUGGGGGAAUAUGUCUCACCUGAGGCCAGAGGCAAUUAUUAUUUAGUGACCAACGACCGACCUCUGUACGGCAAAGGAGAUGAAGGCACAAACCCUAAUAACAGGAUCCGGAACUAAUCUUAUAAACGGUAUACGAGCAUUAAAAAUA